UGGCGCACAGUGAUGACGCCUUUGGGGCGACCGGGAAGAACUGUGGUAAAGGCAAUGGCGAGUGGAAAGAAAAGCACAUUACUGUCGUCCUUAGCGGCUUACGAAUCGGAACAGGAGUCAGAUACAGAGAAUGAGGAACCUGACAGUCGCAAAGGACUCGUCUCAGCAGGAUAUGGAAAAAACAAUGCCAGUUAUAUGGAUGAAGAGGAUCGGAGGGACUCUGGUGACGAGGACAGUGGAGACAGCUCCAGAAAUUCGGAAGAGGACGAUUCAGACCUCGAUGGCCUUGACGCAGAUGAUGCAAAGGAGAUUUCUGAAGGUGAAAAAAGGGACCCAAAUGAGCUGGUUGCUCAGUUCUCGGAGCGGGUGCGUAACAUGUCCCCCGACGAAAUCCGGAUCCCCCCUGAGCCUCCAGGGCGGUGCUCGAGCCACCUGCAGGAGAAGAUCCAGAAGCUGUAUGAGCGGAAGCUUCAUGGCGACUUCGACACCAACAGCCACAUCCAGAAUAAGAAGGAGUUCCGGAACCCCAGUAUUUAUGAGAAGUUGAUCCAGUACUGUGGCAUUGAUGAACUGGGCACAAACUACCCUAAGGACAUGUUUGACCCCCAUGGUUGGUCAGAGGACUCUUACUAUGAGGCUUUAGCUAAAGCCCAGAAGGUUGAGAUGGACAAGCUGGAAAAGGCCAAGAAGGAGCGCACAAAGCCAUAUCACCCUGCAACUCACAACUGGCAGCCAACUGAAGCUCAGCAGAUUGAGUUUGUGACGGGCACCAAGAAGGGAACCACCACCAGCUCCGCCUCCAGCACCACCAGCACUGCCAGCACCACCGCUGCAGAGGCCCAGAAGCGAAAGAGCAAGUGGGACUCAGCUGUGCCAGUGACCAUCGCCCAGCCCACCAUCCUCACCACCACUGCCACCCUCCCUGGCGUCGUCUCCGUCACCACCACCGCCAGUGGCACCAAGACCACGGUCAUCUCUGCCGUGGGAACCAUCCUCAAGAAGGCCAAGCAGUAAGGGGGGCCUGAAUCCCAGAGCGUUGGUGCGGACUAGCUUGCUGCUGAUCCUGGUGGAAACUAAAGGAAAUGUUCCCGUUCCUUCCCCUGUUCCCAGCUGGAGCACUGUGACAAUCUGGAAUCUUAACCUUGAACCUGCGCAUGUCCUGAACUCCCAUGGGAGAAUCUCACGCUUUUUGCCUGAUCCAGCUGCUGUGGUAGCAACUCUUGAUGGAAGUCCUAAAAUAAAGAAAGUCUAAAGAGAAGGUCCGUGCUCUAGCUUCCACUGGUAGAUCUGUGCCCUAUUGCAUAAAACACCUCAAACCCGAGGUCCCCAAUGUGGCCACUGCAUUCCAGCAGAAUUUCAGAAUCACUGGAUCAAACUGUCUUGAGCCAGAGGAAUGGGUAAAUUGGUCCUGUUGAAUCUGAAGCACACCAAUCUAACCUUUUCACUCAAGACUUCUGGAAAAUCUGCUGGAUUUCAGCCCUUGAGGAAAGAAUAAGGGAACACCUGCAUUAAUUUAUUCCUCUUUAGGAAACAUACGUUUCCAGGUGUUGCACAGAGCAGUUGAUGUCAAAUUACCACAGGAAUCCAGUUCAUGAAUCAACCAGAUCAGUCUCAGUUGUUCUAGUAAGAAGUAGGGUGUAGACUAUUAAGAGAAACUUAAAAGGUUUAGCUCCCUAUGUACAUUAAAAUUCUUUGUAUUACCCCCCAAAAUGUUUUUGUAGCUUUCUACAACUUCAAUUGCCAAGGCAAAAUGACAGUUGAACCUCUGCAGACCCAGGUAGAAAAAGCAAGGCUGCAAUACUGUAGUGGUUUUACAGUUUGACUGUUCACGCCGUGAUGAAUGAUAGCUUCCAUCUCCAGCUGUAAUUUUUUCUGCUCUGCAUUUGAUGCUGUAAUUUCUAAAGAACUGGCAGAGAACUUCAGGUGGCCGCAGACACUGCGACAGCACUUUCCUGCUCCUGGGAACUUUUUAUGACACAACUGUGAAUCAGUGUUUUUAUACUUGUGUAUAUAUUGGGGUAAGUGGGAAUAAAAGAGGAAUCCUCAUCAGUC